AUAUUCUCAAGGCAAAUACAAUAUUUACAUUCACAAUAUGGAUAUCCUCCACCACACGGAGGGUAUCCUCCUCCACACGGAUACCCUCCAGCAGGUUAUCCAGGCGCACAUCAUUCAGGGGCUGCAGCUGCUUAUGGUGCUCACCACAUGGCUCAUGGGGCGUACCACCGUCCUCAUGGUGGUUUCUUUGGCCACCACGGGAAGUUCAAGCAUGGAAAGUUUGGGAAGCGUUGGAAGCAUGGCAUGUACGGGAAACACAAACACAUGAAACGAUGGAAAUUAUCGAUGCGACAAACCGUCCUAUGUUUUUCUGUUGUCAUUUUAUUUCCUGUGUUAAUCUCAAUUCUCAAACUUAUGGUUGUGUAUAGAGUUUGA